GGGAAAACGAAAGAAUGUACCUAUUGUAACACUUCAUGGACUGGACAGGUACAGACAAGGGCCGCCGUUAAUGUUUUAUCAAUACCAAACGGACCGGGCUUGAGGGUGUCUCUGAUGUGGUUGUGGGGUGAUGGGCCUGUCAAAGCGAGUGUCGUCGUGGACGGUGGAGGAAGUAUUGGAGUGGGUGCAGGAGCAGUAUCCAACCCAGAUGAGCACCCUCCAGAAAGCCAUCAUUAAACACGCCAUAUCAGGCCGUGCAUUGCUGAGAUUAAAGGAUCAUCACCUGGAGCUUCUCGGGGUGGAAGCUGAGGAGCAGCAGCAGGAAAUCUUGCAGGACCUCCUCCUCCUCAGAGUUCAGGAGGAAAUCAAUGAACUCAGUGACAUCUGCUCUGACUGUUUUGCUCCAUAGCAGAGAAUAAAUCUUCAGAGGAAUUGAAGCUUACUUUUUUAUUUUUUUAUUUAUUAUUUCCCUUCCAUCCAUUCAUCCGUUUGAAGGAGAGAGAAAUGUGGGAGUGACAGAAAACACGGAGAGAAGGUGAAGAGAAAGAAGAAUCGAUGAGGAAUGACGAGAAAGAAACCUAUUUCCUGUAUGAAAUCUGAUCUGCGCGGACGGAUGAGAUUAGUUUCUGUCUGUCUUUUUCUGAGCCUCACUGUCCAUUAGUCUCUGUCUUUUUUCUCUCUAUAGUGGGUUUUUAUUCCAAUGUAGUAUUAUAAAAUAUUGUAUUCAAUGUACUGAAUAUUGAGAAUCCAUUAGUCCCCUUACAGUUGUUAACUACUCAGAAUAACAGCUUCUAUUGUAUUUCCGACAACAGAUAAUGCUGUGAUCACAUUUUUUUCAUGCCGAUCUCAAAAUAUCAGGACAAUUAGCGGUCAGUUAUGUAACCUAUGACACCUACUAGUUAAACAAGGUCACACCUAAAUCAGACACUUCUACUAAACUGUGGAAGGGAUAAUUAGUUAAAUGAAAUCAAAAGAAGGUCUGAAAAUAACCAGAAAAGGUUUGUAGAAGUAGUAGGGUGUGACCUCACAUGUAUCCUGAGUGAUAGUUCCUCUCCUGCAGCAGUAAUUUAACUCUCAGGAAAACAGGGGGAUUACAGGAAGACGCAGAAAGACGAAGGGAAAGUGGUGAGUUUUCCCCUUUAAACAUUUCAGUGUGUCAAGAUAAGAAAAGCUGAAUCCAAACAGUAACUUUCUGCUACUGUCUGUCUGCUCUUCGCUCACACAAUCCAGCUGCUGGUUUGAAUCUGCUGUUUUUAUUUGUCUCUGUAUUUUUGACUGAUGAGCCACAAACAAUGUGUUAUUUUUUGUGACGUGAAAAAAUCCACUGAUGUUGUCUGGGUUUGAUGCCAUUUUUUUUAUCCUCUUGCUGUUGACAGCAUUUUGGGUUUUCGGGUUGUCCAUCUGUCCGUCUGUCCGUCCGCCCAUUCUCAUGUCCUAGAAUGGUACAAACGUUCAAUUGAACUCAACGAUGAACGGAUUCGAUUUUGGCGGCCAAACGUCAAGGUUACUGUGACCUGAACUUGGCCGUAACGCAAGAAUUCAUAUACUAAUUAUGAUAAAAUACACUUAACACCUUUUAUUAGAUUCCUUCACAGUCCUCACUACAUAUAUUACAUGAGUCUGGACAAACAUAUAAACUGCAACAAGGCCGUAAUUCUAGCUUGAUAUGUUCUGGUUGAUACAAGUGGUCCUACAAUUUUCUGACACUCUUUUUUUUAAAAAUAUAAUUCCCUGUUUCCUUUAUUUAUGAUGUUGGCCUCCUUUUUGUGUGAACUAUAUCAUCAAUGUUACUGCAUCUGUAUUACAUAAAAGGUCAUGUCUAUUUCCGAGCAUUUUGUCAUGGCACUGCUACAGUAUGGUCAGCUGAAUUAAAAGUGCUGCCUUGGCAACAA